CUCUCCUCUUUCCCAUCAGAGAUGUGGUAUGGUGUCCUCCUGUGGGUUCUGGUGUCGUCCCUCCUUUUCCACAUCCCCGCAGGAUUGCUGGCCCUCUAUACCCUUCGGCGUCACAGCUAUGGCAAGUACAUGUCAGUGAGCAUCCUGCUGAUGGGCAUCGUGGGACCAAUAACUGCAGGCACAUUAACUA